AUGAGGCAGACAAGUCCGAAGAAUCCUGGUUCAUCCCACACCAUACCGUAUCGACUAGUAUUCAACUGCUCCUUUCGGUACAACAACCAGAUCCUUAAUGAGCACCUUCUGCCAGGGCCAACACUCGGUGCAUCACUCAUAGGUGUACUACUCCGCUUCAGACAACACGCAGUAGCGAUCUCAGGAGACAUCAAAGCGAUGUUUCAUCAAGUACGCCUCCUACCAGAAGACCGAUGCCUCUUCCGAUUCCUGUGGCGCAACCUACAAGUCGACAAAGAGCCAGACAUCUACGAAUGGCAGGUGCUUCCCUUUGGCUCGACUUGUAGUCCCUGCUGUGCUACCUAUGCUCUGAGAAAGCACGCCUUUGACCAUGAGAAGGACUAUCCAGAAGUUGCAAAGGCAGUCGACAAGUCCUUCUACGUUGACAACUGCUUGCAGAGUCUACCAGUCGAGACAGAUGCCAAAGCCCUUGUCCAGAAGAUGCGAAACCUGCUUUCUGACGGUGGGUUUGAAAUACGACAGUGGGCCAGCAACGUUCCUGCUGUAGUAGAAGAUCUCCCACCAGAUGCCCGUUCUGAUGGCUGUGAGCUGUGGUUAACCUUCGGGGAGACCAAUUCCACUGAAGCCCCUCUUGGAAUGUUGUGGGAAUGCAGUUCAGAUGCCCUGCUGUACCGCCACAGACCCAUCAGCUAUGACUGCCUCAACAUGAGGAAUAUGUAUAAGAUCCUUGCGAGCCAGUACGACCCUAUAGGGUACCUAACCCCAUUUACAGCCCGAGCGAGAGUCAUUGUCCAAGACCUGUGGAAGACGAAGCGCAACUGGGAUGAUCCACUUGAGCCGGGUGAUAUCAGAGACCAGUGGCAAGCCUGGGAGAGUGAACUUCCCCACCUGACUGGAGUGAAGCUUAACAGAUGCUACACACCACCAAAUGUCAAGACAGAGGCUGCCCAUCGCCAACUUCACAUUUUCUGUGAUGCAUCGUAG